CUUCUUUUUUUUGUUUUUCUCUCCAUCUCUCUCAUAAAGCAUGGGCAAGUACGGCGCAACACUGGCCAAGCUGAGCCGCAAGACGUCGCAUCGCAUGGCGCUCCUGCGAAACCUCACCGCAGCCCUCAUCCGCCACGAGCGCAUCGAGACGACGUAUGCCAAGGCCAAGGCUGCCCACCGCGUCGCCGAGAAGAUCAUCACGCUCGGAAAGCGAGACACGGCAUUCACCAAGCGCAAGGUCCGCGGCUUCUUGUACGACCACGAUGGCUCGCUCACACGAAAGCUCCACACCGAGCUCAAGAAGCGGUAUGCACAGCGCGCCGGUGGUUACACGCGCGUGCAGCGCUUGCCCGCACGAGCGUCGGAUCAGGCGGCGAUGGGUGUGCUCGAACUCGUGGACAGCCCCCUCCCGAAUCUGCCCAAGCUCAACUUGACGGAAAAGGCCUUUGAGCGUGCGCUGAGCAUCCGUACCUUUGCAGUAAAGCAGGACUUGCGCUCCCAGGCGUACUGGGCCGAGCAGACCGCGCUGGCGAAAGGCGUGUCGGUCGCCGAGGCGAAAAAGAUUGCCGAGCGCGUCCGGACUGGCGAGGCGGCCACAUUGCUCAUCCAGCAACACCGCGACACAGUCCUCAAGGAGGCUAUCGCUAAAGAGUCCAACCCCGACGCGCCGAUCGGCCGAUCUGCCGGAAAAUCCCAGCGUCGCUCGCCAGGCGUGUUUGCGACGCACAUGCUCAUGUCUCAACACAGCGAGUUUGCAUUGCAAAACCACGCUGCGCGCAACAGGCGCAUCGCGUCCGCUGCGCUCAGCGAGCAAGGCGUUGUGCGCACCCCUCAGCAGGCCGUCAUCAACGGCAUUUAUGCUCUGGCGCUCCGUCACCGAGCAGACCAUAUUGCAGAGCUCCGGCAAAUUCAACCACGCUACAAUGAGGCCUUUGCCAAAAUACGCAAGGAGCAAGAGACUCAGGCCCAGCAACAACAAGCCAUGGAGAAGGAAGCCAAGAAGCAGCAAGGCGUCUUGGGCCGCUUGCGAGGGAUUUUCGGGUGAUCGAGCAGCGCAGCGCUUCGAUCUGGGCCUGACGAUGCUAAUGAUGAGCGAGAGAGCGAGAGAGAGAGAGAGAGAGAAACAAUGGGUGGAGCUCUUCUGCCUUGCUUUGUUCGUUCGUUGUUGGCUCUUUGUAUUUUAAUAAUCGACCAAAAACUGCAUGCCAGAAAAACAAAACGAGUGUGUGUGGAGUUUAUCGAGUGCGUU